ACACAAGAAGAAAUGAAAAAUCGAACAUCUGUGAGUGAGUUCAUUCUUCUGGGAUUAACAGAUGAUCCAAAUCUAAACAUUUUGAUUUUUAUAUUUUUAUUUCUCACUUACAUAUUGAGCCUUACUGGAAAUCUGACAAUUAUUACCCUCACUCUGGUAGAUUCACACCUCAAAACGCCCAUGUAUUUCUUCCUUCGCAACUUCUCUUUCCUAGAAAUCUCAUUCACAACGGUGUGCAUUCCUCGGUUCCUGGUGAGCAUUGUGACAGGGGAUAUGGCCAUCUCCUAUAAUUCCUGCAUGGCCCAGGUGUUUUUUUUCAUACUCCUGGGUUCAACUGAAUUUUUCCUUCUGACAGCCAUGUCCUAUGACCGCUAUGUAGCGAUCUGUCAGCCCUUACAUUACACUACAAUAAUGAGUAGCAGGGUCUGCAUCCAACUGGUGAUGAGCUCUUGGCUGGCUGGAUUUCUCAUCAUCUUUCCUCCUGUGAUCAUGGGACUUCAGCUGGACUUCUGUGACUCAAACAUCAUUGAUCACUUCACCUGUGACUCUUCCCCCAUGCUGCUCAUCUCCUGCACUGACACGACCUUCCUAGAGCUCUUGGCAUUCUUCCUGGCGGUAUUCACACUCAUGAUAACCUUAACUUUGGUGAUUCUUUCUUAUCUAUUCAUCAUUAAGACAAUUCUGAGAAUCCCGUCUGCUGAGCAAAGUAAAAAAGCCUUUUCUACCUGUUCCUCACACAUGAUUGUUGUCUCCAUUUCUUAUGGAAGCUGCAUUUUCAUGUAUGUCAAAACUUCAGCCAAGGAAGGUGUGGUUUUGACUAAGGGUGUAGCUGUGCUCAACACCUCUGUCGCCCCAAUGCUGAAUCCUUUUAUUUACUCCCUGAGGAACCAACAGGUAAAACGGGCCUUCAAGAAUUUGGUCAAAAAUUGUAUGCCAAAUAAAAUUUAA